GGAAGAAUUUGUUUAUAGGCCCCACACUGCAGUUUGGUUAGUUGAUAGCCUCUUCACUGAUUCCCACGGAGCCUGGUGGGCCUCAGCACCAUGGCCACGGAGGAGAAGAAGCCAGAAACAGAGGCGGCAAGAGCACAGCCCACCCCCUCCUCAUCGGCUACACAGAGUAAGCCCACACCUGUUAAACCGAACUACGCACUGAAGUUCACCCUGGCUGGCCACACCAAAGCCGUGUCCUCUGUGAAGUUCAGUCCGAACGGGGAGUGGCUGGCGAGUUCGUCUGCUGAUAAACUCAUUAAAAUUUGGGGAGCCUAUGAUGGAAAGUUUGAGAAAACCAUAUCUGGUCACAAAUUGGGAAUAUCUGACGUAGCCUGGUCAUCAGAUUCUAACCUCCUUGUGUCUGCCUCUGAUGACAAAACUUUGAAGAUAUGGGACGUGAGCUCGGGAAAGUGUCUGAAGACCCUGAAAGGCCACAGUAACUACGUCUUCUGCUGCAACUUCAACCCCCAGUCCAACCUCAUCGUCUCAGGGUCUUUUGAUGAGAGUGUGAGGAUAUGGGACGUUAAGACGGGGAAGUGCCUCAAGACCUUACCUGCACACUCGGACCCCGUCUCAGCUGUACACUUUAAUCGUGAUGGAUCGUUAAUUGUUUCCAGUAGCUAUGAUGGCCUCUGCCGCAUCUGGGACACCGCCUCCGGCCAGUGUCUGAAAACACUCAUCGAUGAUGACAACCCCCCAGUGUCCUUCGUAAAGUUCUCUCCAAAUGGCAAAUACAUCCUGGCAGCAACCUUGGACAACACGCUGAAGCUCUGGGACUACAGCAAGGGGAAGUGCCUGAAAACGUACACCGGUCACAAGAACGAGAAGUACUGCAUAUUCGCCAAUUUCUCCGUGACCGGUGGGAAGUGGAUUGUGUCUGGCUCUGAAGAUAACCUGGUGUAUAUCUGGAACCUGCAGACCAAGGAGAUUGUCCAGAAGCUGCAGGGCCACACAGAUGUGGUGAUUUCCACGGCUUGCCACCCGACGGAGAACAUCAUCGCCUCUGCAGCAUUAGAGAAUGACAAGACCAUCAAGCUGUGGAAGAGCGACUGCUGAGUCCUGCCCUCCCUGACUGCAGGCAGCUGCCCAGACUGGCCAGAAGAAACAUGUGGAGGAGGGGCCAGCCAGACUGGCCAGGGUGGACAGGCCUGGUGCUCCUCCCCUCUGAAGAUGUUGACUGGGGGGUGUGGAGUCUCACAGCCAUUGUGACAUUUCUUGCCAAUUCUGUCCCCACCCAGGGAGUCUGGUCUGUUCUGUGCUCAGAGACAACACAAAUUUUUAACUUUUUAUUACAGAAGAGUGAGUUGAACUCGUCAUGGGUUGUGUUUUCCCAGUAAUUGUUGUGUAUCUUUUUGAUAUCACCCAGUGUGGUCACUGGGACAGGCCCCGCCCAGCCCUGGUGACCUACAGCCCCAGUCCCGCCAUGUGCCUCGGGAACUUUGUCCUGCGGGGCCUGCUGUUCACGUCCCCUGCCUGUAGUAGGUCCCAGGACUUUCUAAGACAGAAAGGGUGUGAGUUGUUUCCUUGUCAAGUCCCUGUGUGUUUCUGGAGUUGGUAGGUCGGCACCAACCUGGGUGGUGGCAGCUCCUUGUCUCACUGGCGUCACCAGGCAAGCUGUAGAGUCUGUGAUGGAAGGUGGGAUUCCGCACCUUCUCUGCCGGAGUUCUGAUGGGAGCUCUCUCCACCUGGCUUUUAGAAAGUUCCCCAGGGUGGGGCUGAGAGGUCUCUACAAAGUGGGAUCCCUGUGCCUCUUCUGCCCAGGUGGUUGGUGUGAGCUCUGUGCUCCAGAGGAACACCAUUCUAGGGCAGGCAAGGGGUGGGACUCUAGACAGCCGUCAGUCAAGUAGGAGGUUCUGGCUCUGGUUUGUCCAUUCCGCGUCAGACUCAGGAUGACCUGUGCGGGAAGGAGGGACUGCUUGGUCCUGCCUCAGCAGGCACAGCCUCCUGUCUUGGCCUCUGGACCCAUCUUUGGGCUUGGGUUUGCUCACCAGCCUCUCCUAGUCCCUGCCCAUCAGAUUCUCUGCUGUUCUGGCUUCUGGGUGACCAGGGCUGGGGAGAGGAGGUAGUCAAGCUCACCUGCACAGUCUCACGACUGUUCUGGCUGCAUCAGGUGCAGAAGGUAUGGAGUACAACAGAAGGUUGCUGGGCACAGAGGUGGGAGGUGUGGGCUGUGGGCCCUGGGUGGGCCCUGGCUGUGACAGCCCUCGGAGUUAUUUGGUGUGUAUGAAACCAGGUCACCUCGCUCUGCAGCUGUUGUGGACCUGGACCAAGCAGCCCCACCUUUGCUGAGGCCCAGCACCCCAGCUAAAGCCUGCUGGGCCUGUCCCCAGCCUGUGGCCCUGAUAGUCCUCCAGAGACUGCUUCCCAGCAGGGGAAAAUGUCCCACCCCCCUCUCCUGGCUGAAGAGGCCAUCUUAGUAUGAAGGCAGCGGCUUGUCUUUGGCACAGGGACUGGGGCUCCUGAUGUCUGUUGGGAAGAUGUGCCAGGGUUCGGGUCAGCAUCAGGGACAUGUUGCUGUGGGGUUUCUGGAGGGGUGUUGAGGUCCUUGCUGUGGGCUGGUGUGCGGCCCCUCCUGAGGGAGGGAGCUUGCUUGCCGUGCUGAGCACAGUAUCUCCAAGUAUAGUUUAUUUUUUCUACAGUUGAACUCUGUUGUAGAUUUAUGUAAAAAUACAUUCUUUUUUUGAAAAUAAAGAUUUUCAUGUCUUGUAA